AUGGCAUCUGGAUCCACCAUAAUGGACCCCAUCUGUCUGGUAAGAAACCAGAACAACCAGCUGACAGUAAAUCCCAGAGCACUGAAGAUUCUGGAGCAGAUAUCUCAGCCUGUGGUGGUGGUGGCCAUCGCAGGGCUGUAUCGGACCGGAAAGUCCUACCUGAUGAACCGCCUGGCAGGACAGAACCACGGUUUCCGUCUGGGCUCCACAGUCAGGUCUGAAACCAAGGGCAUCUGGAUGUGGUGUGUGCCCCACCCCUCCAAGGAAAACCACACCCUGGUCCUUCUGGACACUGAGGGUCUGGGCGAUGUGGAGAAGGGGGACUCCAAGAAUGACUCAUGGAUCUUUGCCCUAGCCGUGCUCCUGAGCAGCACCUUUAUCUACAACAGCAUUAGCACCAUCAACCACCAGGCCCUGGAGCAGCUGCACUAUGUGACUGAACUAACAAAGUUAAUCAGAACCAAAUCAUCUCCCAGCUCUGACGAAGAAGAGGACUCAGCCAAGUUUGUGAGUUUCUUUCCAGACUUCAUCUGGACUGUGCGGGAUUUCAUGUUGGAACUGGAGUUUGAUGACUACCCCAUCACUGAAGAUGAGUACCUGGAGAAUGCCUUGAAGUUGAUUCCAGGCAAGGAUCCCCAAAUCCAAAAUUCCAACAUGCCCAGAGAGUGUAUUAGGAAAUUUUUUCCAAAAAGAAAGUGCUUUGUCUUUGACCGGCCUACAAAUGAUAGAAGGCUAUUACUCCAUAUUGAGGAACUAUCAGAUGACCAAUUGGAUGUGAAUUUUCAGAAGCAAUCAAAAGAUUUUUGCUCAUAUGUCUUCACCCAUGCAAAGCCCAAGACCCUAAGAGAAGGAAUCACUGUCACUGGGGGAGGGUUGGGGACUCUAGUGGAGGCCUACGUAGAUGCCAUCAACAGUGGAGGAGUUCCCUGUUUGGAGAAUGCGGUAAUAACUCUGGCUGAGCGUGAGAACUCAGUAGCCGUGCAGAAGGCAGCUGAUCACUACAGUGAACAGAUGACCCAGCGACUGAACCUUCCCACAGACACGCUCCAGGAGCUGCUAGAGGUGCAUGCAGCCUGUGAGAAGGAAGCCAUUGCCAUCUUCAUGAGGGACUCCUUCAAGGAUGACAGGCAGAUGUUCCAGAAGAAGCUCACGGACAUCAUGGAGAAAAAGAAGGACAGUUUCAUGAUCCAGAGUGAAGAGGCUUCUGUCAAAUAUUGUGAGGCUGAGCUUAAGCAGCUUUCAGAAUCCUUAAUGAAAAGUAUUUCAGGAGGCACAUUCUUUGUUCCUGGAGGACACAGUCUCUAUUUAGAAGCAAGGAACAAGUUUGAACAAGACUAUAAACUGGUUCCCAGGAAAGGAGUUAAGGCAAACCAGGUCCUCCAGAGCUUCCUGCAGUCACAGCAAGGAGUAGAGGAAGCCAUCCUGAAGGCAGACCAGGCCCUCACUGAUGGGGACAAGGCCGUGGCAGCUGAGUGUGCCAAGAAGGAUGCAGCUGAGAGGGAACAGGAGCUGCUAAGACAGAAACAGAUUGAAGAGGAACAGAAUCUGGAGGCACAAGAGAGAAGCUUCAAGGAAAACCUGGCCCAACUGCAAGAGAAGAUGGAUAGGGAAAGAGAAAGCCUUCGGAGACAGCAGGAAAUGAUGCUGGAGCACAAGCUGAAGAUGCAAAAAGAGUUACUCACAGAAGGAUUCAAAAAGGAAGCUGAGGCAUUAAAUAAAGAGAUAGCUCAACUAAAAGAAGGUAUUCAAACAACUGAAAAGUCCUUCAAUAUUUCAGAUGUCCUUGAUAUGGCAAGUGUGACAUUAAUUGCAGUACUCCCUGGGGCUUAUAAAGUAGCUGGUAUGGGACUGAAACUUCUCAGUGAUCGUAUGAAAGCGGCUGAGAAACCCUAG